UUGGAGAGUCCUGGUAUAAGAAUAUUUAGUUAUUUCAUUUUUCAUUUAUCAGUCAAUAACAAUACCAUAAAACUUACAUCUGCACAUAAACAUUUUGAUACCAAAGCAAUUCGUAAUUUUUUUGGUGGUCAUAUUUGUCAAAUUUCUGUUUUGUAA